AUGUCAGCCAUCGACUCCAAGCUUCUCAGCCAACUCGCACCCCGAGACUACGAUGGCAAGGAGGCUCAGGCCGGACUCCGCUUCGCCGCCAUGGCCAAGCUUUACCAUACGCAGCUGGUAGCUUCGUCGAUCGCGGCCAACCUCGCAUGGAUCAUGGUGUUGAACAAGCUGACAGACGACGCCGCUCGAUGGGCUGGGCCCCACAUCAUCGAUCUCGCUGACGGCAAGGUCGUUUGGUCGAACGUGGAUGCCUUCGAGACGGCCUUCAAGGUCCACUUCUGCGCGGUCGAUGACAAGAAGGCCGCACUCUCCGAACUCGUCAAGCUGUGCAAGGCAUCGCACAAGCUCGGCACAGCCAAGGACUACACAGCGAACUUCAACGCUAUCGCGGCACGCACUCCGCUCUCCGACGAGGACAAGCGGGCGCGCUAUGUAGACGGUUUGCCAUACAAGAUCCAGAACGAGUUUGCGGUCACGGCGCAUGAGGUCGACACACUGGAGAAGGCGCAGAAGGUCGCCCUGCGCAUGGACCAGCAACUGGCCGAACGCGCCGAGGCGAUGCCCAAGAACAAGGGCUGGGGCCGCCGUGGUGAACGAGUGGCAGCGGACCGACGUGGACCUGAGGAACGGUCCUGCUUUAACUGUGGCGAGAAGGGCCACAUCCAGCGGAACUGCAAGAAGCCCCCGCGAGGACAGCAAGCAGCCGCGUCCACUGCCACUCCACCCAACCCCACCCCAUCCUCGAACCCCUCGACCUCGGACGAGCUGGUCGCUCUCCGUUCGCAGCUCAAGGAGCUAAGCGAUCGCAUUGCCGCCGUCAGUCUUGCCAAGGAGAAGGAGGGUUUUUGA